UUCACACAGCAAGAAGCCAAGGACCCACCGAGGCUGUCACUUGGAAGAGGUCAUUGUUGUUGCAUCCAGCAUCCCAGCCUGACUGCCUAGACAGGUCCCGCAGGUUGCUGAAUGGCAGAGAUGCAGGCUGCUCCACAGCAAGAUCAGCGUUCGACCGUUUCUCUAGGGGCAAGCGACACCUCCUGGUGGGGGACUUCAAAUCUGCUGUCGCUGCCUUCGAGGUGUGUCUGUUGCUUAGGAGGCAACAGAGUCCCUGGUGGAGCUGUGUGGGGAGCAGGCGCCCGAGUGUGGUGACGCGUACUGCCGCUGUGGCCGUGCAUUGCUGGAGCUGGCACGCAAGGAGGCAGGGGUGCUGGGGCCAGAUCUGGAUGGUGCCAGUAGUCAGGAGGGAAGCACAGGGGAAGAGGAGGACGAGGAGGAAGAGAGUUAAGAGUCACAAGAGGAGGAGGAAGGUGGAAAGAAAGAGGAAGGAGAGGAGGAGGAGGAGGAAGAUGGGGAAGGAAAGGAGAAAGAUAAGAAGGAAGGAAAUGCCGCAGAAGGAGAAGAGCAAUAAGAAAUUAGAAUUGACAGAGAAACCAGACAAGGGACUGCAUUUGAAGAAGCACAAGAACCAAGAAAUUUACAUAGCUUUCAUUUUGGUUUACAUUCUGAAAGGUACAGAUACCAAGGGGAAAUUGCUGGGUCAAGUGGCUACACUGACAUCUGAGGUUAGCAGGUUGGAGAGUGAGUGCAGCAGUCUUCAGGUUCAGCUAGACUGUGAGAGGGAUAAGUAUAACAAACUGCUGGGAGAAUCUCUUGCUCAUGAAAAGUUGUCUGAAGAUGUCAUAACUGAACCAAAAGGAGAAACAACAGGAUUGGGAGGAACUGAGCUUUAACAGAAGCUGCAACAACUGCAGGAGGCUCACAGGGUCCUGGAGAGCAGGUUAACUUGCAGCAUGAAGGAGGUGGCUGAGCUAAGUGACAGGAAGUAGCAGCUUGAGCAUGCUGUAGUGCAUGAGAAGACAGAGUCCAUCGGUGUGUGCAUGUUUUUUGCUCAUUUGAAUCAUCUGUAAAAGUGAAGUGGAGGAAGUGUUUACUGUUUACUGUAUGCCAUUUCCUUGGUCUUUUAAUGAAGAAUUUUAUCCUUCUUCAGGUGACUACAUCACCAUCUACCAGUUGCAGUGAGGAGUGAUGAAGUAACAAGCUCGAGAACGCGAGUUAGACCUUGCCAGCCUCCAUCAUGAAUGAGAGGAAAUGAAGCAAAACCACUCUGCAGGAUUUGAUAUCAAAGCUGGUGCAGGAAAAGGAAGCAGAUCAUGACCUUCAGCAGCUCGAGAAGAUAAGCAGCGUCCUUAAGAGUCCAGUUGCUAUCUUUAGCAGUGUUGGAACCAGUGAGUCUGAGACACCCACCACCAGUGGAAAGGUGGCUGACGAGCGCCUCAAGCACUCUGAAAAGGUGGAGCAACAACAAGAAACAGAAAAUUGCAUCCAUCAUUCUUUGCCUGAGGAGGGAAUUGAUGCUCCGUUGACCCUUCACACUGAUGUCCCUCAUGAGGAGGGAGAAUAUGAAUCCUACAGAACUUGCCCAUAGGAAGACCAAAACUGUUACUGCUGCCACACUGCCACCACUUCCACUGACACCAAAAGCCCAACUGUGCAGAGAAUCCUGGACCUCCGCAAUGAAAUGGAGUCCACCAGUCACCUGGAGCACUUUAGCCUCCAAAAGUUCCAUCCGUGUCCAUUGUGUUUGGGUAAACUUAUCACUGUAUAAGGGGACAAGUAUCAGUGUAUGGUUACUAUAUACUCAUUUGUACUUAAAGAUGUCAUGUCACAUCAUUCUCUCUCUCUCUCUCUCUCUCUCUCUCUCUCUCUCUCUCUCUCUCUCUCUCUCUCUCUCUCUCUCUCUCUCUCUCUCUCUCUCUCUCUCUCUCUCUCUCUCUCUCUCUCUUUCUUUCUUUCUUUCUUUCUUUCUUUCUUUCUUUUGUUGCAUAUGUUACUGCUUUACAUUCCUCCCCACAGUAUUUUUUCAUCUACUUUAUGACUGCAGUAGUUUUAUCAUCCCAGUGUAUGCUGUAUCCACUCUGAAACUGUAAUUCACCAAUCAGCUCAAAUGUGUCUCUGUUUUGAUAAUCAUUAAUUUGUUUCAGCUACACAACCACUCUGAUAAGGGACAAAAUCUACUUCACCAGUCAUCUAUGUCAUACAGUCAUAUAUAUUCAUACAUAUGACAAAAUACUCUUCCUAAGACAUUUCUUAUUUUCUCUUCUCAAGUGACCUGUCCAUCUAUCUAAGGUACCACAUAACAUUUAAAACUUACAAUAUUGUGUUUAAUUCAUGAACACUUUUUUGUCUAUCUAUGGAGACUUGCGUAUAGACUUGAAAUGUAUUGGGAGUUUUCUUUAUCUCUCAUUCUAUACCUAACACCUGUUCCUAAGAAUCCCCAGGUGAUAGCCAUGGUGACUGGCUGGUCUCCUACUGAGUGGCUGGGGUUUUCCAAAAGUGAGGGUUGGUGUUCUAUACCAUACCAUGUGCCCUGUUUGUAUUCCUUCUUUGUCCUCUGUAUUAUAUUCUAUGUAAAGAUGGUGCUGGGGUGGGAUCUACUUCUUAUUCCCUAAAAGUGAUGAGGAGUGACACUGGGCAGCAUUGAUUUGCUCCUUAGAGAUGGCUGGGUUCCUGUGGAUGAGUGGGCCAUGCUGUGCUUUGUCAAGGAUGGUGUUUGGUAUUGUGAUGACUCUUGCCACAAUCAAGUGCCUCCCACAGAGUAGUGGAGUACCUAUGUAUGGUGAUGACCCAAGCUGUCCAGGUCUCAUCCAAUGCCUUAAUAUGAUUUAGAUGAUCAAAAUGGUUUAACUCACCAUUUAAUCAGCUGACUGAUUUGAAUGGAGAAGUAUGUAAUGUGUUGUAGCCUAACCAUCCCUGCCAGCAUGGUCAGAUUCUUGGUAGUAACCUGAAAUGCUCCUAGGUAGUGAGUAUCAUUGCACAUAAUGAUCUUUACUUUGUCAGUAAUUCAAUGAUACUGAAUAUUACUCUACUGGAUUUUGCUCACCACUGCUUGGUAACUUUUGGCCAUAAUCCCAGGUCUGGAAUGAUAUGAAGCCAUGUUUUUACAUUCCAUAUGAGACAGGCAAGCACUAUGCUUUGCCUGACUGAUACCUGUACUUUACAUUUAUGACCCCAGGUAGUUCAUCACUCUCUCUCUCUCUCUCUCUCUCUCUCUCUCUCUGUUUGGAAUUAUACUGUAUAUUAGGAAAUAUCAUUAAAGAGUGUGUGUGUAAAAAGUGUUUGCAUUAUUGUGCAUUUGAUGUUAUAGCCCCAGGUUCUUAAAGUUUUCUAGUUUCAUGAUUUAUAAAGAUUGCUAUUUUUAAUAAAGUUAUUGAAAUUGUUA